UGGGACGGCUUCUUGACAGCAGAUUAUCAGGACAGGGACAAUUACUAAAAUUUCACCUAAUACCAACAGCCUUUAACCCCUAUUAUUAGCAGGGGCUUAAUAGGACAUCAACUCAAAAAAUGCAUUUCAUGUAUAUAAAUAGCACUGUUUAAACUUAUUGAUAGGACCCUAGAGGGGCCAAAAAAAAUAAGCCACGUCUCUCAACCUUUUUGUAGCAAAUGCUCCAUACAGGCGAGCGAUGUGCAGAAGUCCGCCAAAUACGUGAGCAGCAUCCCAAUAAAAUUCCGGUAAUCAUUGAAAGAUACAAAGGUGAGAAGCAGCUCCCAGUGUUGGAUAAAACAAAAUUCCUUGUUCCAGAUCAUGUAAACAUGUGUGAGCUGGUGAAGAUCAUCAGGCGCCGGCUUCAGCUGAAUCCAACACAAGCCUUUUUCCUGCUGGUGAACCAGCGCAGCAUGGUGAGCGUCUCCUCUGCCAUUCUGGAUAUAUAUGAGCAGGAGAAGGAUGAGGACGGUUUCCUGUAUAUGGUGUAUGCUUCUCAAGAAACCUUUGGCUACUGAUAUGGCUUAUGGCAAAUAGAACUGGGUUAAUGCACAUAUUCAAGUUCAUAAGCACAGAGUGAUGCUAACAUACAACGUAAACUCUUUAUACUUGUAAAUACAUUGCAGCAUAAAUAAUAAAAUAGAUCCAUGAUUGCUGACAUAUUGCAACAGAAACAUUCCUCUAGACUCCUGCACAUUUACAUGUGUGGCACUGCACAAAUGCUUGUUAGCACAACAUGUGCGCUUGCAUGUCUCAGUCAGUCAGUCAGUUUUAUUUUCUCUUUCACAAACAUCUAGCUCAUGCACAUGCGCUGGAAGACUUCCAUACAUAAAGGGAUGUUAACAUGUGUUUAUCACCUAGUUAACAUUUUGUCUGCCUGAUUUGCACAGUAAGUGAUUUUAUUAUGCACACCAUACGGUGCAUGAGGUGUGGUGACAUCUUUCUUGCGUAUGCUCCACCAAUUUCAAUUCUGAGUUUGACAUUUUUAAGCACUUAAAAGGAUCCCUAUUUGAUCCCUUUAUGUGCAAAAGUAUGGACUCUUUAAUAGGUGACCCCUACCAAAAAAUGACUGGGGUCAUUCCAAUCCAUUAGUAGAUUCCUGUAAAAUUAUUUGAAUUGUAUAUUUUUUUUGCAGGGCUUUCACAUUUGAGGCUUUUCCAAUCCAUCAAAAAAACAAAUAUGUUUUCAUAUGUUUCUUUCUUUCUUUUCCCCUCAGUAUAAGCUGGGAAAACUCAACCAAUACUUUUGUAUUGAGAGAAUUUGAUAAUGGUAUUCCUCGAAAAAACUGGGAUGCUUGAUAGUUGUGGUGCCUUGGAAACCUAUUAUAGAAUCUUACCAAUAGCAUAUUUUAAACAAAAUAUUUUACAAUUUUGUUUGCAUGUUUACCCAAGAGGUUUCACAUUAAUGGGAUACAAAAUUCAGGUGAAUUAACUUAAAGGGACACUGAACCCAAUUUUUUUCUUUAGUGAUUCAGAUAGAGCAUGCAAUUUUAGGCAACUUUCUAAUUUACUCCUAUUAUCAAUUUUUCUUCGUUCUCUUGCUAUCUUUAUUUGAAAAAUAAGGCAUCUACGCUUUUUUUUUUGUUCAGAACUCUGGACAGGACUUUUUUUAUUGGUGGAUGAAUUUAUCCACCAAUCAGCAAGGACAACACAGGUUGUUCACAAAAAAAUGGGCCGGCAUCUAAACUUACAUGCUUGCAUUUCAAAUAAAGAUACCAAGAGAACAAAGAAAAUAUGAUAAUAGGAGUAAAUUAGAAAGUUGCUUAAAAUUGCAUGCUCUAUCUGAAUUACAAAAGAAAAAAAUUGGGUACAGUGUCCCUUUAAGUGAAACUGCAGUGCUUCUAAUGGAUUGGAAUUGCAUAGAAAAGGAAGCCAAGAUUCAACCAAAUUAAAUAUAAAGUUUUCUAACAAACUAAUGAAUUGGAAUGGGGCCAAUGUUUGUAAUGCUAUAAGUACAUAUUCUAAACUAAAUCUGUAGUGGGCACAGGAGCAUUGCUUGAUAUUUAUCUUCAAAUCUGUAAUAUAUGUUUAUUUUAAUCACCAAAAUAUUUUACCAUGGUUAUUUUUAUCUACAUAAUGGAGGUAGAUAAUGUUAAUUGUACAGUAGAACCUCCUUUUAUUGUUUAUUCAAAUAUCUGAAUUUACAUUAUUUUACUUGUUUUUAACUUGAUUUUUUUUUAUGUUUUUGCUUGUUUAAAAUUUUAAUACUGUGAAUUUUCCCCCCCCACUUAAUCUCGAGAAAAUAUCUUUAAAAAAAAAAAAGAAGAAAAAAAGAAAUCUAUAAAAGAUGUGUGUAUGUAAAUAUAUAGAGGGAUGUCCGAGUGUAUAAAACAUGAAUAAAAUAUAUAAUUAUGUGGAA